UUUCUUUUUUUAGAGGACAAGAAAUUAGUCUAGAUGCAGUAAAUGAGGAAAAAGUCAAUAGAAAUGGAGGAAAGGAAAAUCAAGAGGAGGAGCCCCAAGUCUUCCACCGCUCACCCUGCUCAGGUUGCUAAUUCUAAGAAAAGCUCAGUGCCCGUCAGUAAAAGUACAGCCUUUUCAAAUCCUGCGCCCCAGCCUGCAGUGCAGAAACCAAAAUUAAAACGAGUGAUAAAAGAAAAAGCUAAACCUCCAGGAGGGGAACCCAAAGGGGCACAGGCAGCACCAAUCCAGCAUUCUUUUCUCACAGAUGUAUCAGAUGUCCAAGAAAUGGAAAGGGGACUUCUCAGUCUCCUGAAUGACUUCCACUCUGGCAAACUUCAAGCAUUUGGAAACGAGUGCUCCAUAGAGCAGAUGGAGCACGUGCGGAGCAUGCAGGAGAAGCUAGCCCGUCUCAACCUGGAGCUCUACGGGGAGCUGGAGGAGCUCCCUGAAGACAAAAGGAAACUAGCCAGUGACUCCAACUUGGAUAGGCUGCUGUCUGAUCUGGAAGAACUGAAUUCAUCUAUACAAAAGCUACAUUUAGCAGAUGCUCAGGAUAUUCCAAACGGUACCACAGGCUGAAGGUGCAGCUUUC